AAGUAGCAAGUUUUUUUUUUGAAAAAAAUACAAGUAGCAAGUAACGAUAAGAAUUAAGAAGUGAAAACACCUUCAAAAAAAAAAAAAAAGAUAAGUGAGAUGAAAUGAAAUUGUUCGUGAACUCGAACACUUGCCACCACUAAACCGCCGCCGGAGUUCCUCGUCGGCCGCCAGAACCACCGAGAAACUCGUUCAGAAAUGAUUAUCUCUUCCGUGAAUGCUACACUUUCUGUCACAACCUCACUCUUCCGUCGAAGUAAUAACAGCCUAAGAAGCUUAACAUUUUGUUUACCUUUCUCAUCUUCCGCUGCUUUUGUAUCCUCCACUGACAAGCGUUCUCGGAAGAAAUGGAGCCAGCCAGUUUUUGCUGCAUUGGAGGUUGGUGGAGUCAAGAUUACCAAACAAGAUGUAGUGAAGGAUGGCGAUCCAACAAAUAAUGUUCCAGACAACAUAUUUUCAAAACUUGGAAUGCAGCUUCACAGGAGGGAUCAACACCCUCUUGGGAUAAUCAAGAAUGCGAUAUAUGACUAUUUUGACACAAAUUAUUCAAACAAAUUCAAUAAGUUUGACGACCUUUGUCCCAUUGUUUCACUAAAGCAGAACUUUGAUGAUGUCUUGGUUCCUGAAGACCAUGUGAGUAGGAGCUAUAAUGAUACAUACUACAUAGACCCUCAAACUGUUUUAAGGUGCCACACAAGUGCUCAUCAGGCAGAACUACUGAGAGAUGGACACACUCAUUUCCUUGUUACAGGAGAUGUUUAUCGAAGGGAUUCAAUUGAUUCUACUCAUUAUCCUGUCUUCCAUCAAAUGGAAGGCUUUCGAGUUUUUGCUCCAGAUGAAUGGGAGGCAUCUGGGAUGGAUGCCACAUCAUUUUCAGCAGCAGACCUAAAGAAAUGCCUUGAGGGUCUAGCACGCCAUUUAUUUGGUGAAGUGGAAAUGCGCUGGGUCGAUACCUAUUUCCCAUUUACUAAUCCAUCAUUUGAACUUGAAAUAUAUUUCAAGGAGAAGUGGAUGGAAGUUUUGGGGUGUGGAGUGACCGAGCAAGAGAUUCUGAAAAGUAAUGGGAAAUCUAAUAAUGUUGCUUGGGCUUUUGGCCUAGGUUUGGAGAGGUUAGCUAUGGUUCUAUUUGACAUACCAGACAUUCGUCUCUUUUGGUCGGAUGAUGAGCGUUUUACCUCCCAGUUCUCCAAGGGCCAGUUAGGGGUCAAAUUUAAGCCAUUUUCGAAGUUUCCUCCUUGUUACAAAGACAUCAGUUUUUGGAUCAAUGAAUCCUUUACUGAAAACAAUUUGUGUGAAGUUGUCAGAGGAGUAGCAGGGGAUCUUGCAGAAGAGGUGCAACUAAUAGACAAUUUCACCAACAAGAAAGGAAUGACCAGUCACUGCUAUAGGAUUGCAUAUAGGUCUAUGGAACGUUCUCUUACUGAUGAGGAAAUUAACGAUCUGCAGUCGAAAGUAAGAGAACUUGUGCAGAGCAAAUUGGAAGUUGUCCUAAGAUGAACUUUAACGGCUUAAACUUAUCCAACUUUGCUCUGUUUUUUGUUCUCAUUUUUUUUCCGAUGUACAGACAUUUUACCUCCCAUUAAAGCAUCUGAAUGACACUAUAGACAGAUGUAUUAUUUAUUUCGGCAUGGUGAAUGUUCACUACAGUGAGCUGAACAGGAAUGUGUCCGUGUUUUCUUUAACAAUCUUCACUUUCAACAAAUGGUUUCUGCUGACUAUUGUAUGCCAAGAGGAUUCCAAAUUUAUGUGGUCAAAAAAAUUCUGUUAAUGAUAUAAUGUAGAAAACUGAACCUUGUGGAAUUAAUUAGAUUUGUAUAAAUUUAUGGCUUC